AGGUGCGGCCCCGCGCGGCUCCGUUCCCGUGCCUGGUGCCCGUUCCCGCAGCCCGGCCAUGGCGUACCGGGAGCUGGUGCGGCGCUGGCACGAGGCCGUGCGGGCGGCGGACCGCGGACACUGGGACGCUGCCCUGGACGCCUUCGGCGGCAUCGCGGAGCCCCCGGCCAGGAUCUGCUUCAACGUGGGCUGCGUGCAGCUGCUGGCCGGGCGGCCCGAGGCGGCACUGCGGGCAUUCAAUAAAACCAUUGAGAAGGACAAUUCCCUGGCUGUGGGCUACUUCCAGAGAGGGUUUGUCCACCUGCAGCUGGAAAUGUAUGAAGAAGCUCUCUCUGAUUAUCACAUGGCCUUCAGUCACCUAAGAGAAAAUCCCUUCAUUGAUUACAAGCAGCUGGGGCUGAGGCACAUCCUCUAUGCUUGGGAGGUACUGUACAGCACUGCAGCAGUGCAGUGCCACCUGCAGCAGUGGCAGGAGGCCAGGGUCACCCUGGAGAAGGCUGUUGUGUGGAGACCUGAAAGAAGAACAGCAAUCCUGGAGCUGGCCCUUGAGCGGGUGCAGGACCACUUGUUUUUAGAGCCCAUGCUGGUUCCUCUUGGAGAACUUUUCAGACCACGAAAGAAGGAAGUUGAGCAGCUGGAUUCAAAAGAUUUCCUGGGUAAACCCAAGGUCAUCUCAUCCAUCAUUCCCAAUGAUGAGUACAUUGGCUUUGAGCCUCUCAGGCCUCAGAAACAGGGCUUUUAUGAACCCAGUGCCAAUGCUCUGCGGGAUGCCGAGUCCGGCUACCACCGAGUGCUGUCCCGGUACCGCCCCGACGAGCCGCCGGGGCCGGAGGUGGCGACCGGGAGCCUGGUGUUCGUGCUGGGCAGAGCAGCAGAUGGCUGGGCCACGGCCAUCCAUGACGGGCAGAAGCUGCAUAUCCCAAGCUCUCUCCUGGAACCUGCCUCAAGGAUGGAUAAAUGGAAGAUCAGCACUGGGAUUCCCCUUCCUCCUGCCCAGGUGCCUCCCAGCUGCCACCCCAUGAAGCAGAAGCCAGAUCCUCCUGGGGAAGAAAAUGCCUCUGUCGAUGCCAGUGCUCACAUGGACUCUAAGGUCCCCCCAAGGUGCGGGGAGGCCUCGGCGGGCGCAGACAGGCCGGCGGUGCUGCGGCUGCGCUGCGAGUGCUCGCUGGUGCUGUGGGCGGGCGAGGCCCCGGCCCUGCCGGCCCUGCGGGCCCUGCUGCGGGACAGGCUGGCUCAGCAGGCACAGCGGGGCACGCUCAGCUACAGGCUCCUGGAUGGCACAGAGCAGGGGACAGUAUUGGGACAGGAAGACCUGGGGAAAGUGUGGCAGCAGCUGAUGGAGGGCAGGCUGAUACUCUGUUGCCAGGACUCAGACUCCCACUCAGGCAGACCUGUUCUCUACCAGAUGCUGGCUCAGCACUCUUACCUGGCACAGGGACCAGGGGACCUGGAGUUCAGCAAGGGAGAUGUGCUGGAUAUCCUCUCUGAAGUGAAUGAGGACUGGCUGGAAGGACGAUGCAAUGGCAAGACUGGCAUCUUCCCCAAAUGCUUUGCCACCCAGACCAGCUGUGAUGCUGCCCUCUUAUAGCAAACAGGAGCCUUUUCCUGCCUGGCUGCACCCCCAGGGGUGGGAGACACUCGUGCCAGCUAAUUUGGGCCCCAGCCAGCACAGCCAGGAGCUCUGCUGUACCUGGGCAGGGGUUAUCUCCCACUCAGAUCCAUGGGGUCCUUCCCAGCAGUGAUAGCAUUUCCCACGGCCUGUUCCCUGACCUGGCAUUUUUUACCUCCUGCUUACACUGCCAAAGAUGUAUCUGUGAAGAGCAGAAAGCAGGGAGAGGGCUCUGGGGUUUGGCUGUGGGAAUUGUCCAUGUGGGAGCUCAGGCUGCUGGGUAGAAAGAGGUUCCCCUGGGUGGGAAGAGGUUCCCCUGGGUGGAAGUCUUCAUCCCCUCUCCCUGUUGCUUGUGUUGAGGCUGGGAAGGCUGAGCCUCACUCCCGAAGCCAAGGGUGGCUGGCUGGGAGCAGGGGGCAGAGCCCUGUUCCCCAGGCUCUUGGGUCACAUAACCUUAUCUCCACCAGCCAGAGAUGCUGCUCUUUCAAAAGGCCUUUGGAACCAGUUUGCAGUGGGAUUAAUGGGACAACACCAUGAGUUAGGACCACUGUCUUCCAUAGCACACAGCUAUGGACCUGACCAUUCCUUUGCCAGGUGCCUCAGGCACUUUUCUUAAGCCCUAAGGCCAAGGUGAGAGCAGCUCUGGGUUCUCUCACCUUGGGAGAGCCCUCUCUGUGGGAGAGGUGAGGUGAGAGCAGCUCUGAGUUCUCUCUGUGGGAGAGCCCUGGAGAAAGGGCUGGCUGGGAAGUGCAUUGCUGGGCUGGUGCUGCAAAGGCUGAAAGCCCUGUCCAAUUCCUGCAACUGGGCUGGGCUGAUCUAAAUAAAACACUUAGUUGCCUGGAGCUGGAACCUGUUCUGGAUUUAGUGUCUUGACAAAACUUGGCUAUCUAACUUGAAUAUGAAAUAAACCCUGAGCUAGAGUUGGCAACGCUUAAAUCAA